AUGUUAACUAUGGAGGGCUACCAUAGGUUUAUCUUGCUGAAAAAGUUGAACCCGAACCUAAAACUCAUGAUUUCGUUGGGCGGUUGGUAUGAGGGGUCGGAAAAGUACUCGGAUAUGGUUUCCAAACCGGACGUCCGACAAAAGUUUGUCAAAAGUGUACUCAAGUUCUUAAGUGAUUACAAGUUCGACGGCCUGGAUCUGGACUGGGAGUACCCGGCUAAUAGGGGAGGCGACAGUAAAACUGACCCUGAGAAUUUCUUAACUUUGUUAAAGGAGUUGCAUGAUGCGUUUAAUGGCAAAUACCUGUUGACAACAGCCCUGUCCCCUGGAAAGGGCACUAUUGACGCCGCAUUGCCCGGUAAUAACAUUGAAAAACUUAAUGACCUAAUCGAUUGGGCCAAUAUCAUGACCUACGAUUACCAUGGUGGUUUCGAUGACUACCUGGGACAUAACGCCCCGAUGUAUAGCCGUCCCGAAGAGACUGAGGAGUUGGAAAAGAAGUUGAAUAUGAAUUACCGUGAAUUCAACGUGAACUAUACUAUUCACUACUAUUUGGAGAAAGGUCUCCAUAAAGAUAAGAUGGUAAUGGGAAUGCCGUUGUAUGGCAGAGCCUGGUCGCUAAUGGACGGGGAGCAUACACACCUACACGACCUGGCUAAGGGCAUGUCGCCACCCGGUAGAGUGUCCAACGAGUCGGGAGUAUUAGGGUUUAACGAGGCGAGUAUUUGUAAUUUAGAGAAUGAGCACAAGGAGGACUGGAAAAUCACGUUUGACUACUAUUACAAAGCGCCCUAUGGUUACACUAAGGAGAUAUUUGUCGGUUACGAUAACAUCGAUAGUCUUCAGUGCAAAGCGGCAUUUUUGAAGUCAAUGGGACUGAGGGGUGCUAUGAUAUGGUCCCUGGAGUUCGACGACUUCCGCAACGAGUGCGGGUUCGGCCAUAAGUACCCCCUCCUCACCAAAGUCUACGAUAUGAUCAACGGAAAGGAAAAGGAUGUCAUGGACUGUCCGGGCGGUUUCGAGCCUACCCAUCCCACACAGCCCACCACCGUACCAACUACAGCACCCACCACUCCACCCACACCAGCGCCCACUACCAAACCCACACCA